AUGAAACUUGACAUCGAGACGCUCACUAGACUUCUUAACACGGCCAACGUUGUCGGGAUCGUUCUCACGACUCUCAUCUUUUAUCUGGGUUACUAUACUCUUCGGCCACUUCCCAUUCCAGGCAUCCCAUACAAUGAGGAUGCCGCCGCACGAGUGUUUGGAGACUUGAAAUCCGUGAAGGCGGCUCAAUAUCGCCGUCAAUGGAUAUGGAGUCAGCCUAGAGAGCAUGGCACAGUCAUAUCUCAACUCUUUUUGUUUCCGUUCCGAAGACCUACCGUCAUUGUAUCGGAUUACAGAGAGGCAGUAGACAUCUGCUCUCGUCGAGUCAGGGACUUCGACCGAGGCACCCGCAACAAGGAAUGUGUUGGCAUAACUGCACCCAACUUUCACUUCACCUUGGAAUCCAGAGACCCUCGUUUCAGACACCACAGGGAGCUAGUGAGAGAUUUAAUGACUCCAUGGUUCCUGGAGACGGUGUGUUUUGUCGAUACGCUCUGGGCUGAAACCGGAAUCACGACAAGAGAUGCUAACAACAUUGUCAAGGUUGCAACUCCCCGUGUAUACGAGAAUGCCGCUGCCCUCGUCCGCCUCUGGGGCGUCAAGGAGCUCAAGGCACGAGGACGAGCAUUUCCUGCCAACCAUGAUUUGUAUCUGUCGACGCUAGACACGAUGUGUGCCGUGGCAUUCGGCAUGGGCCAAGAAUCGUCUGCUGUUGGACAACAAACCCGCCACAUGGAGGAAUUCGAGCCAACUCAACACUGGGCCGUAGGCGAGCCCGUACGGUUUCCAACCGUUCCCACUGAUGCCCACUUGGAAUCGAUACUUGAUAUUCCUGAAAUGGUCGCCAUAGCACAAAGGAGUCCCUUCCCUGCGCUAUCUCAGCGACUUGCCCUGCUGAGCCCAAGACACGCCAGGGCUCACUGGAAUAGACGACGGAUGAUUCGGAAGCAAACCGAGCAGGCUCUAGGGAGGAUAUCCUCUCUUGGUGAGACAUACACACCCAAAAGUGCCUUGGAUCACCUAUUACACAGAGAAAAGAUGGCAUCUUUCAGGGCCGGCAGAGAACCAGACUUCUUCUCCCCAGUCAUUCGCGACGAAGUUCUCGGAUACUUACUAGGGGGCCAUGACAGCACAGCCACCGUGCUUUCCUGGUGGACCAAACACAUGCAGUGCUUCCAAAACGUGCAGUCACGACUUAGACAAGCCCUCCGCCAUGCCUACCCCAAGGCGGUCGAAGAGGCCCGGUGGCCGACGUCGGAAGAAAUCUCAGGCACGUCGGUGCCGUAUUUGGAUGCCGUCGUGGAAGAGUCACUCCGUGUAGCUUCCGUCGCCACUCUAAUCUCCCGAACCGCGACAUGCGACACUCACAUCCUCGGCCACAGCAUCCCGAGGGGAACUGAUGUCCUGUUGUCAUUGACCGGUCCUUCCUUGACGGAGCCUGCUGUUCCAGUUGCAGAGUCAAGGCGGACAGCUGCAUGUCAGCAAGCCAAGGACGGCAUGCCCGCCUGGGGAGAGGACAUUGGCGAGUACAAGCCAGAGAGGUGGCUCAGGGUCGAGAGACAAGACGGCAGAGAAGAUGUCCACGUGUUCAACCCGCAUGCCGGACCGAGCCUUGCCUUUUCCACUGGGCCUCGACAGUGCUUCGGUAAAAAACUGGCCCUUCUUCAAUUGAAAACCACAAUGGCACUGCUGCUGUGGAACUUUGAGCUCAAGGAGGUGCACGAGUCCCUGAGUGGGUGGGACAUUACCGAGAGACUGGUCAAUCUGCCCAAGAGUUGUUAUGUGAGCCUGGCGAGAACGGGACACGAAGAGGGCCGCUCAAACUAG